UCCUGUUUCCUGAUGUUUACAGGAAUGUUAUGCUUUUAAACAAGAGAUAAAACUGCUGAAAACCCAGAGCUAGACCCAGCAAAAGACUAAUGGAGGUGUGCAGCAAAAUGGGUUGAGAGUAGAGCUGCCUUAUUCCACUUUGUUUUUGCACUGUCUUCAGUUUUGCUUCAGAGAGUGCUAUCAAAUUGGCAAAGAAGAACAGACAACCUCUGGUGAUAUGUAUGUUUGCAUCCUGAUUUAUCCACUUUGCUUCUGGCAGUCUGUGAAGGAGAUCUGCUGCAGUGUGCCUGUGAACCUUCCGUGCAAACAUAAAAGCAUUAUUGAUUCCUCAUGCCCUGGAGAACCUAUUCAGAAAGGCAGGGAUGGAGGACACAAGAAUAUUUUUGUGGCCUUAAUGUAAAUGCCACAUGUUAAAGAAAUUACAUCUACAGAAUUUCUGUUUUCAGACAGUGGUGGCUGAGCUGAAACUUCUUGCAUCUUGUGGAGAGCAUGUAUAAAAGGAAUGACCUCAUGGCCAAUGUGAUGGUCACCUCCGCCACUCCAGAGGGUAGUAGCAGCUCAGAUUCUCUGGAAGGGCGAAGUUCAGAUUAUGCCAAUAAAAGCUACGAUGCAGUCGUAUUUGAUGUGUUGAAAGUAACUCCUGAGGAGUUUGCUAGCCAGAUAACAUUGAUGGAUAUGCCUGUAUUUAAAGCUAUACAGCCUGAGGAACUAGCCAGCUGUGGAUGGAAUAAGAAAGAAAAACACACCCUCGCGCCAAAUAUUGUUGCCUUUACUAGGAGGUUUAACCAGGUCAGUUUUUGGGUUGUACGAGAAAUACUAACAGCACAGACCUUAAAAAUAAGGGCAGAAAUACUGAGCCACUUUGUGAAAAUAGCAAAAAAGCUUCUGGAACUGAAUAAUCUUCAUUCUCUUAUGUCUGUGGUGUCAGCACUGCAAAGUGCACCGAUCUUCAGGCUGACCAAAACUUGGGCUCUUUUGAAUCGGAAAGACAAGACCACCUUUGAGAAGUUAGACUAUUUACUGUCUAAGGAAGAUAAUUACAAAAGGACACGAGAGUACAUCAGAAGCUUAAAAAUGGUUCCAACAAUUCCAUAUUUAGGAAUUUAUCUCUUGGAUUUAAUCUACAUUGAUUCUGCAUAUCCUGCUUCAGACAGCAUAAUGGAGAAUGAACAAAGAUCCAAUCAAAUGAAUAAUAUUCUCCGAAUCAUAGCUGAUCUGCAAGUAUCCUGCAACUAUGAUCAUCUCACAACACUUCCCCAUGUGCAAAAGUACUUGAAGUCUGUCCAUUACAUUGAAGAACUUCAGAAAUUUGUAGAAGAUGACAAUUACAAAUUAUCUUUAAGAAUUGAGCCAGGUAACAGCUCUCCUCGACUGGUUUCCUCCAAAGAAGAUCUUGCAGGUCCAUCUGAGCUGUCAGCAAUUAUGAAAUUCAGCAGGAGACCCACAUGUCCUGAUGCCUCAGUAGCAGCAAGUCUACCUACGCCUCCCGUCCCAAGGCACCGGAAGAGUCACAGCCUGGGAAACAAUAUGAUGUGUCAGUUGAGCGUCGUGGAGAGCAAAAGCGCCACCUUCCCGACAGACCGGCCAAGGCACCUGCUGGACGACAGCGUCCUGGAGUGUCACAGCCCCGCGCGCGGCCACCCGCCCGACACGCGCCUCGCCAAUGGGCUCUCCAGAGAUAGCAGUGAAAGCUCAGAAUUUAGUGAGGAGCUGCCGUCAGGGCUUGAAAGGGGUCGUUUAUAUGCCACACUGGGGCCUAACUGGAGGGUACCAAUCCGGAAUUCUCCUCGGAGUCGAAGCUGUGUAUACAGCCCAACAGGUGCAUGCAGCUGCACAGCAGGUGGUUCCACAGGAGUCAUUACCAUGGAAGGGCCAUUAAGAAGAAAAACAAUGCUCAAAGAAGGCAAGAAACCUACUCUCUCCUCAUGGACUAGAUACUGGGUCAUGCUGUCAGGAUCAACUCUUCUGUACUUUGGAGCAAAAGCUUUAAGAGGCACUGAAAGAAAACAUUAUAAAUCUACACCUGGGAAAAAAGUCUCCAUUGUGGGCUGGAUGGUGGCACUGCCUGAUGACCCAGAACAUCCUGAUAUUUUCCAGCUAAAUAAUCCUGACAAAGGCAAUGUUUACAAGUUUCAGACUGGUUCAAGGUUUCAUGCAAUAUUAUGGCAUAAACAUUUGGAUGAUGCAUGCAAAAGCAACAAGCCUCAGGUACCUGCUAAUCUAAUGUCAUUCGAGUAAUUUCCUCUCCUACCUGGUGUGACUUCAAGUGCCAAACUGAAGAAACAGGUUAUUAUUCUCUAAGGAGGAAGAGGAGAAUGGUUUUCCUGACAUGAGCCAGCCACAGAUAUUUCAGCACUUUCCUAUGUAACUUGAAAGUUAUUCUGACACAGCUUUUAAAAGCAGAAAGUGAAUGUUGUCCCUAGGACCAGAUAAAGUCUCAUGCACUGAGUGAAAGCAGGCAAGUUAUAUGGACAGAAGAUUAAUCCUGACUCCUGCAGGAUUCUAGAGCCCUCACCUAUUUGUGGUCAGAGACUGCAUGAACUGAUAUUUGACCACAAACUGAGCAUCAUAUCUUCUGCCUAUUCUUUUUUAAAUGGUUCUUUUUAUUGUUAAGCUGCUUUGUGUGACUGAAGAAUAUUUGGCCCAUGUUGGGUUUCAAUUCUUUCUAAUGCACAGAAUGAUUGACAGUGUUAACUUGCUGCAAAGUGUCAGUUAGAAUAGAAAAUUGUGGAACAACAUUUUUAUAAUGUAAGUGCACUGAGUUGCUUAGCAAUGUGGCUGCCUCAAAUUUUCUAUCAAAUCUCUGGACAAUUCUGCUGUUCAUAUUUGAGCUAUUUGGAAAAAAUGUAUUUUGGCAUAGGACAGUUGGUCUUUUUUUUCAUUCAGUUAUUUUGCUCAGGAGUACCCUGGUAAUGGAUUUAAGGCUGUUUAAAUUUAUGUUGUGCUGAAAUUUGUCUUUCAUUCUUUUACCAGUGGCAUAGUUGCUUAUAAAUUUGGUGUUUCAGUUCAGUCUGAACACCGUUCAUUUCAAAUCCCUCAGUACAAGGAAGCAGGUAAUCAGGUGUUAUAUAUCACAUGGUCCUGGCUCCAUAUCACUGUUUCUGUUCUGUCCUUCUGUGGACGACGUGGCUCCACUCAAUUCCAGUAUAUGUUGCAACUUCAGGACAUAAGUACUGGUAGAUGGUACUGCUAUUAUAAAAUCAUGGUGGCAGUGAAAGACUAUCUAACAGUGGAGCAAGUACAAAGAAGUCUCCACAUCAAUAUCCAGAAAACAGACGAACAAACAAAAGAAGUGUUUCUGGGCCUUCCCCUCUGAAGGAACUCUCUAUGUUGUAUUCCUGCUGUGCCCUGGCACUCCUACAGUCAGAAUCUUUUUCUGUUCAUAUGUUAAAUUCAUCACUUUUUCUGUUUGAAACUCUUUUGCCAUAGAGCAUCAUUAUUCAGACUUCAUCAAUCACCAGAAAACCUCUUCUGACUUUCCUAAGAUUGCAUAGAGGAGAAAUUAACAAGUGAGCCUCUAGCUUACAAACCAGGAACACGGUAGAAGUUAGUUUAAGUGAACAGAACCUCUACUAGAACAAGCUAGUAUUAGCAGUAUGUAUUCUGUGGAUUUCCAUGAUUUUCUACAUUUUUAUUUUGAAACUUCUCUAACAAUAAGGAAGAAAAAAUACCUGUGUUGUUAAAUGUAGGUCAAUGAGUUCUUUUAAGAGCUCAUGUUACAAUCCUGAAAGCAUAAUACAUACCAGCUUUUCAAGAAAACCGGUUCCUGAUGACAACUGCAUUUAGAUCCUGGGACAUGGGAAAGUCUACGUAAAGUUGACAAAGUUUAUUUGAUACCCGAGGAACUGUGUGAAAAGAGUGGUAAUGCAAAAUGUACAUUUGUAUAGUUUUUAUUUUUUUGCUAAUUUAAGACAACUUUGAACUAGGAAAAACAUGGUUAUGUGCAAGGGCAGAGCAUCUAACACCAUUAGAGAUGGUGUAGAAGCUUUUGAAUGUGUUAACAUCCUGUCACCACUAAAUGACUUCAGACUGUCAGACUAUGAUCUAGUCCGAAUUAUUCUGCACCUGUGGAUUUUUGUGAUUAGCCAUCAAUGAGAUUAAAGAUCUUUUCAGUAUAGCACAAUUGUGAAAUUGCUACACAGUACUGAGAAAUUCAGAUUGAUGGCAGUGAAAGAAUACUAGUAAAGCAUCUUAAAACAAUUUAAAAUUAGUCUUUAAGUAUUAAAGAGUUUGUAGCUGCUGAUUAGAGGUGGUAUGAUGUCAUUCUAGUACUUCUAUGGUUAAUUGAAAGCUACUAUUGAAAUACAAUAUGUUGCCUAUCACUAUUGAUUAUUAUAGCAUUUUCACAAAAAAUAUCACAAACCAUACAAGUUUUCCUCCAUCAAAGAGAACACUUCAAUAGUUAUGUAAAAGUAAACAUUAUGUCAUAAUAACUAUUUUCAGAAUUGUGGCAAUACAAUAACUGUAGGUAAUAUUAUUAGUUUAUUAAAUGUGCAAUCUUGAUGUAAUUCAGUGCCAAAAUGCAUGUUUUUCCAAAUAGCACUAAAAUGAGGCAAAGAAACUAGUUUUCAAACUGAGACUGACUUGUCACAUUAUAAUGUUAAUCAAUUUCAACAUUUUGGUUUGUUUUGUGUGGAAACUGUUGCACUAUUUUUGGCUGUGUUUUCCAGCAGUCCACUGCAUGCCAUUUGUGUAAAGGAUUCUUUCUAUAAUUCUUGUGAACUGUCUCACCUGUAAGAACUCUGGCAUUGGAAUCUAGGAUUUUGGCAAAGUAUUUUGUUACCUCAGUCUUGUAUCAAGUUGCUGCAUUUUUCAGUUUGUUACAUUGAUAAUAAUGAUUGUUUUGCUAAUUAAAUACUUUAAUGUAAAAACAGUUUGUUUACUACAACAGUAAUAGCAUUUGGUUGUAAGUUUAAAAAUGUGCAGGGUAUGUAUGCUGUUGACAAUAAAAUAUUCUGAAAAAUAA